GUUUGUUUUAGAACUUUACGGGCAGCGGACGUUCCUAGACUUCUACAGAAAAAACCUUAUUCAAAUAAUCGUGUUAACUAAAUGUGAAUUUGUGCAUAUUAUGAAAUAUUAAUAUUUAAAUAUUAAUUUAAAUCAAAAAACUGUGAUAGUCGGCAAGAUGAGCGGAAAACUGCAAACGAUCUCCAGAUAUAUGCUGAGGCAGAGAUGUGUGUUCAACUCGAUGCGCAGUAUCUCCACCGCGAUGCCCAUCCUGGUCAGCCACAAGCACCACGUGGGUCGGGAUCCCUUGGUGUACAGGACCAUUGGCCAGCAGUUGGAGAUGACAGCGGCGAGCCACGGCGAUGUGGAAGCCAUUGUGUCCUGUCACGAGGGAAAGCGGUACACCUUCAAAACUUUGCUGCGGGAAGCGGAUGCCUUGGCGGCGGGAUUCCGGAAGUUGGGACUGCAGCGUGGUGAUGCCAUCGGCCUGUGGGCACCCAACUUUAUGCACUGGUACCUCGGCAUGAUGGGAGCAGCUCGGGCGGGUCUCACCUCGGUGGGCAUCAAUCCCGCUUUCCAGGGACCCGAGAUGGCCUAUUGCCUCAACAAGGUCAAUAUCAAGGCCAUCAUUGCACCGGAGACAUUCAAGAGCCAAAACUACUAUGAGAUUUUGAGAGAAAUCUGCCCGGAAAUUCCGGAUGCGGAGCCUGGCAAGAUCAAAAGCCAGAAGUUCCCGCACUUGCAAUCCUUGAUAAUCGACAGCAGUAACGACCUGAAGGGAGCUCUGCGCUUUAAUGAUCUCCUGGAUCUGGCCAACCAAUCGGAGCGCGAAGAGGUGGCCAAGACGCAGAGGGACAUUCUGCCAGAGUCGGCGUGUAAUAUUCAGUUUACCUCGGGAACCACCGGCAAUCCCAAGGCGGCCGUCCUUUCCCAUCACAAUUUCGUAAACAAUGGCAUCCAUGUGGGCAAUCGCAAUCAACUGGAGGGCGAAAGGAUCUGCGUGCAGGUGCCAAUGUUCCAUGCCUUCGGAGUGGUGAUCACCAUCAUGGCAGCGCUCACAAAAGGUGCCACAAUGGUGCUGCCUGCUGCCGGAUUCAGUCCCAAGGAUUCGCUGCACGCCAUUGUCAACGAAAAGUGCACCAUUAUCCAUGGCACACCGACCAUGUAUGUGGAUUUGGUGAACACGCAAAAGAAACUGCAGGUGCCGCUGGGCAGGAUCAAGAAGGCCAUCACCGGAGGCGCCAUUGUGUCGCCGCAGCUAAUCAAGGAUGUGCGACAGGUCCUGGGCGUGGAAACGGUUCACAGUGUCUACGGUCUGACCGAGUCGACGGCGGUGAUCUUCCAAACCCUGCCCGGCGAUGGCAGUGAUAUGGUCCUGAACUCAGUGGGUCAACUGCAGGAUCACGUCGAGGCCAAGGUGGUGGAUUCGGAGGGCAGGUGUGUGCCCUUUGGCCAGCCCGGUGAGUUGUGUGUCCGCGGCUAUACCACCAUGAAGGGGUACCACACCGAUGAGCAGAAGACGAGGGAGACCAUCAAGGAUUUUUGGCUGCACACCGGCGAUCAGUUUAUCCUGGAGGAGAAUGGCUAUGGCAGGAUCGUGGGCCGACUCAAGGAGAUGCUCAUCCGCGGCGGCGAGAACAUUUUCCCCAAAGAGAUUGAAGACUUUUUGAAUGCCCAUCCUCAGGUCAUUGAAGCACACGUGAUUGGUGUUCCCGACGAGCGAUUGGGCGAGGAGGUCUGUGCCUUCGUUCGCCUCGAGGAGGGCAUGGACCCCGCCUCCUUCACCGCGGAGUCCUUGAAGGCCUACAGCAAGGGCAAGCUGGCCCACUUCAAGGUUCCCAGAUAUGUGAUCCCCGUGGAUGCAUUCCCAAGGACCACCUCCGGCAAGAUCCAGAAAUUCAAGCUGGCGGAGGCUUUCAAAGAGAACUAUGCCACUGAACUUAAGGCCGCUAGAGCUUAGUCGGUCACUAUUUUAAUAAUUUGUACUAGAACAAUAAAUUUAGCUUUUAUAUAAAGUCA